AGUGAAAUUAACUUCUGUUAUAUUAAUGUGUUGUAUUAUCUUCAGAAAUGAACAUCUCAGUGAACAAGAAGUUGAGAGUAAAUGUGGAAGUUUGUUGUUAGCAUUUAAAAUAGACAAGUUGACUUUAAGCAAAAGACUCCAGCUUCAACAACGGCAGAGGAAUAUUGCAGAGAAAAAUGUUGAAAAUGCAAUCCAUGCUUUGAAGAUAUCUUUAAAUACUCUGAAUCGCCUAAGUACAGACCAUCAAGUUCGAGAGCUUAUUGUAAGCAUGUAUCAGCAAAUAGAUAUUUUACAGCAGUCUUUCUCCAGAGUAUCUAGUCGAGCUGAGGUUUAUGGUGCUGUUCAACAGGAAGAUAGAAUGAAUCGUGCAUUUGAAGUUAUGGUUAUGUACGUAGAAAACAUGAAACACAUUUAUCAGAAAGAACCCCAUGAGCUAAAAGUGACCCGAAAGUUGGUAACAAAAAGUCAUGUUGUUCCUACUAAUAGUGUGUCAGCUUUGGAAGAUGGUAGAGACCAGCAAUCAUUUUGCUAUUUAUCGAUUGCAAAUUUACCAAGUUUUGUAUCUGACUUAUCAUCACAUUUUGUCCAUUUACAAGCUAUUAAAAAGGUUUACAGGAGAGCCAGCAUAGAAAUGUUUUGCAGAGCAUCUUCUAUUGAACCGUACCCAAAUCCUGUACUUUCCAGUUUCAGCAUUGUUCAGGACAGCAGAAGUCAUUCCUUUCCUUCAAAUGGCCCUUCCAGUGGUAAAGUAGACUCGACAAACAGUAACAGUUUGAUGACAAAGUUAACCUUUUCAGUAGUAUCCUCCUCUAUUCCUUCUUCCACCAGGAGGAGGUGCUACUCUCUUCCAGCAAUUCUUCCAACAGAUUUUGCUAAGCCAACUGCAUCACUUUCUCUGCCUAUCAGAGUAAAGGAAGAUAUCAAUGAAGCAACUGAAUUCCAUUUGCAAAAUAGAAAAAGUGGUGAAAACACAUCCACAUAUGACCCAAAUAAUAAAUCUGGUAACAGUAACGAAAAAAGUUAUAAAAACACAGAAGACAAACAAGAAAAGAAAAAAAGGCCUAAAAGUACUUUAAGAAACACUGAAGCUUUAAGUACAAAGACAGAAUUUGAAAUCCUAUGUCAACUUUACAAAGAUCCAGAAGCCAUCGAUAACGUUAACAAAAAAGUAAUAACAGAACACCGGGCUGUUAAAAACAGGACAAUUGGUGGUAAUACAUCCUAUUUACGAGGAAUCUACAACAAAUUGGUAAACAAAGAUAGUGCCACUAUAUGUGAAAGGUUUCGCUUUGGAAUAAGUGUGAUAUUAAUAAUUGCAGGAUUCCUCAGCCUUCUUUUAACAUUUUUACCAUACCAAGCUUCAGCUAAUGCUUACCAUACAUAUCCCAUUUCAAUUGAAGAGAUUGUAGAAAUUCUUCUUUCUCCUUACCUAUCACUGAAACCUCCAAGUAAUGUUAUUUAAUUGUAGCUUUCUUUCACCAGUGUACUAUAUUAUAUAAUGUAAAUAAGUAGGAAAUAUUAAUACUAGUUCCAAGCAAAAAUGAUGUAUUUUUAAGAUAUUCAAAAGUAAGAUAAGUAGCAAGUGUAAAUGUUUCUUUAAGCGACAUAUUUGCAUGAAAUAAAAUUGUAAACCAUUUUAUCAUUCACUUGAAAAAUGUUCUUGUGUAUCAUGAUUGGAAGUAUAUGCAAAAACAAACUACGUCAAAUUCCAUGUGUACAGAAGAAAAGAGAGUAUUUUUAAAGUAUUGUUUUUUCUCUUCCAUCCCCUGUAUAAAUUAUAAUAACAUCACUGAAAUUAAACUGUUAUAUAAAUAGUCUACAAAAGAUAAAGAUUGCUGCUAAUUGUUAAUAGUUAUUUAUAAGGUGUAUUUUAAUACAUAUUUUAGGACCUGUGCAGUAGCAUCAGUAUAGUAUACAAAAAUUGGUGUCGCUUUUGUGUGUAAUCUGAUUUCAUAUUUAGUUAUAAAGUAUAGAUAUAUGUAUAGUUAAACGUCAUGUGUAAUUUUAGAAAAAUUUGAACUAUUUUUUUUUAUAAUUUCAAAAUGAAACAAUAAACUUGUAUACUGCAAGGUAAAAUAACAAUAAGUCCUAGAAUAUAAAGUCCAUUAGUGAAAUACAUGGUUCUAGUUUUAGUGUUUCAUACUGUUCAUUAAAAAAUGUUAUCAACUAAAUUGAUUGAGAUAAACUUUUACGAUACAGAAACAAAAUCAUAAUUACUGUAAUGGAAUUAUUUCAUAGUAUAUGUUUUGUUUUUAUAAAUGUAAUUUGUAUCAAUGUAAAGUUUACAGUUAUUAGUUAGUUAAUCUUCACACUGAUAUCUACAUGGAAAGUGUUGGAAAUACUUGUGAUUCCAAGUCUGCUGUCUUAUGAUUAUAGAUCUAUAAAGUUGGAAAUUUAGUGAAAUAUUGUGCUUCCUGAGCAAUUAAUGACAUAAUGAGUGUUUUGUGAAACAAAGUCACUUUUAAAUUGAAAAUUUAGUAAGUAAAUGCAACAUCACUGAUAUGUGGAGAAAUAUUGUGUUAGUAAAAUUUACUUCCUCUUACCUGUGGCAUGUUACAAGUGCAAUUAAUCAGAUUAGGUGACUUGAUGUAGUGGUAUGUGACUGUAAUUGUUUUUAUACCAAUGACUGAAGAAAAGCACUUACAUUAGUUUUCUAAAUACACUGGUAACAAAUUGUCAAAUUAAUUUUUUAGGCUUUUAUUUGGAAAGAAUAUUUUUAUCAUGUUAUUGAUGGUUUUGUAGUGUAGCUUUUUAUUUAAGAAAACCAGGAUUUUGUUUCAUAACUUGUACAGUAUGAUGAUGUCUGUUGGGCCAGUAGUGAUAUGUAUUUGGUCCAGCUGUGUAACUAAUUCAUUAUACUAACAUUACAUAUUCACAAGGCAUUUAAUGUUGUUUACUUCUCCACAUAGAUAAUUGCAUGGUUACAAUGAUGAAAUAAAAGUUAUAUACACAUUUUCUUCAUUGUCUAGAACUAUUUUUCUGUACACUAUGGAUCUGUUACACAAUAUUACUUUCCACCACAACAAGAAAAAAUUCUUAUUACUGAAUUUUACGUGAGAUCAUAAUUUCAUUACCUUAUUUUCACAGUGUUAUAUAUAUAUAUAUAGUCAUAUACGUAACCAUAUGGUCAAAUAAUAAGUAACACAAUAAAAAUAUUGAAGGAGAGAUCAUUGGUUUCAUUGUGAUUAUAUCACACAUAUUGUGUGGUACAUGUACAAUAAAAUUUAGAUUGUUGUAAGGUCCACAUUAUAAAACCCACCCAACUAGUAGCAAUCGCUGGAAAUUUGUAAUAUAAAUGUAGCUUUGAAUGUGUUCCUUAAUUCUGAAUACUAGAGUUUUAUCUAAGAUUACAUUUAGAAAAAUCUUGUAUUUCUGUAAUUUUAAUAUUUUAUCUUUCAUACUAAAUCUCCAAUCCUACAUAUCAGAGGUUAAGCUAAAUAAACUUUAAAUAAACUAGUGGAUAUAAAUAUUUGAUGUAGUUUUUGAAAGCUUGCUUCUAAAUAUGGUUAAGAAAUAAACACCUAGAAUUUCAUUCUUAUUAGAAACUUUUUAAUGUUAUUAAGUUGUUUCACUAAACCAGUAAAGGUAUUAUUUUUCUUGUAGGCUCUAUGGACUAAAAACCUAAUUAAAAUAAACAUAAUAUAAAUCCAAAAUAGAGCUAGCAUAGGUGAAGUAUAGGCCUAUAAGAAAUGUUUUGAUACAUUUCACAUUUAAAAGUCCCAUGUUUAUUUUCAAUUAUUACAACUUAAUGGUAUUUUGUAUUUUUAUUGAUGUUGUGCUGUGAAUCUUUUAAUUAUAUGUUUAAUAUUUAAAUAAUCCAAAAUAUUUUUCUGUUUGAAGAUAAUAAAGGUGUGGUCUGUGUAACUUCUAUGAUACACGGGUUUAAA